AUGAAAGUGGUUGUGCAGAGUUUCGGAGGUUGGCUGAUCCUUUUUUUCAGUUGUGUUUCCUUUUGUGUAACCCUCCAAUUGCCUGAUCGGGAGAUGCUACUUGAGAUGGAGAAAAUCCGGCGUACAGGUGGAAACCUUACCCUACGACCAGAGGAAGAGGAAUUCAACAGCAAGCUCAUGAAACUGAAAGAAGCAGAAAUGGCGACAGCUAUGGAAACUGGGUUAUUUCCACCGGCUAUGCAUUUCUUCAAGGCCAAAGAAUUAAUUGAAAAAAGUGCUGUGUUCGACAUCUUGAAAAAAAUGCCCAAAGGUGGUCUUUUACAUAUUCACGACUAUGCUAUGGUGAGCCCUGAGUGGCUGAUAUAUAAUAUAAGUUACCUGCCUCACUGUUACGUCUCCUUCUGCAAAGAAACUGUUCAAUUCAAGUUUUCAAAGCCUUCUCAUCCCAAAAAAGUGUAUUCUUGCUCCAAGUGGAUUUUGCUGGAGACCUACCGCAAGAAUCUGAAGGAUGUAUCUGCAUUUGAUAAGAGCUUACUGAGGAACAUAACCCUAGUAACAGAUACUCCAGAGGAGACCUACCCAACUCAAGCUUCCAUCUGGGAGAAAUUUGAAAGCAUCUUUAAAAUCUCUUCUGGCCUUAUUAAUUAUGCACCUGUGUUUAAGUCCUAUUUGUAUCAAGGGCUGCUAGAACUCUACAAUGAUAAUGUGCAGUAUGUUGAGAUCAGAGUUACCCUGCCAGAGAUAUAUGAGGCGAGUGGAAAAGUUCAUGGUAAAGCUUGGUCUGUGAAAGUUUUUGAAAAAGUGGCUACCCAAUUUAAAAAAAAAUAUCCUGAUUUUCUGGGUCUAAAACUUAUAUAUACGACCACCCGAAAGCGAACUGUUCUCCAGAUCAAAUCAGCCAUUCUUACAGCCAUGAAACUCAGGACUAAGUUCCCAAAUACUGUGGCAGGGUUUGAUUUGGUUGGUUGGGAAGAUGGUGGAAAGUCUCUCUUUGAGCUGCAAAAAGUUUUACGGUUGCCAGAAAUUAAAAAAGUUAAAUUGCCAUAUUUCUUUCAUGCUGGUGAGACAGAUUGGGAAGGCACUUCAAUAGACAACAAUUUAUUGGAUGCUCUGCUAAUGGACACCCACAGGAUUGGUCACGGAUUUGCUCUUGCCAAGCGCUCAGAACUUAGGAGGGUGGUAUUGAAGGGGGAUAUUGCUGUAGAAGUCUGCCCUAUUUCUAAUCAGGUCCUGAAGCUAAUAUCAGAUCUGAGAAACCAUCCUGCUGCUUUUCUGUUGUCAGAGGGCUAUCCAGUAGUGGUUUCCUCGGAUGAUCCGGCCAUCUUUGGAUCAAAGGGAUUAUCCUACGACUUCUACGAGAUGUUUAUGGGCGUAGGAGGCAUGAGUGCCAACCUGACAACUAUUAAGCAACUGGUGCUAAACUCUUUCAAAUACAGUAGUAUGAAACCUGAUGAGAAGAAAAAGGCCCUGGAAGUUUGGGAAAAAAAGUGGAACGACUUCAUAGAAAGUUUUGUACCUUCACUCAAUGCGACUACUGUGUCAGAGUAG